AUGCAUAUUGUAAACAGGAAAACAUUUGGGAUUUUCCAAGAAGUAAAGAGCAGUGAUAUUGCAAAAACCUUCCGCAAAGCCAUCAACAGGAAAGAAGGGAUUUGUGCUCUGGGAGGAACCUCAGAGUUGUCCAGUGAAGGAACACAGCAUUCCUACUCAGAGGAAGAAAAGUAUGCUUUCGUUAACUGGAUAAACAAAGCUUUGGAAAAUGAUCCCGAUUGCAGACACGUUAUACCCAUGAACCCCAAUACUGAUGAUCUCUUCAAAGCAGUUGGUGAUGGAAUUGUUGCUCUGUUACUAUUCUCAGUGAAAGCAGAAGUGAACUGGGUGUGGAAGAAAGAUCCAGAAGUGUAUAAUUUGGCUGUCUUGCAGGAAAACUUGAACUUGGCACUAAACUCGGCUUCUGCCAUUGGGUGUCAUGUUGUGAACAUUGGUGCCGAAGAUUUGCGGGCCGGGAAACCUCAUCUGGUUUUGGGACUGCUGUGGCAAAUUAUUAAGAUUGGCUUGUUUGCUGACAUUGAAUUAAGCAGGAAUGAAGCACUGGCAGCUUUGCUUCGAGAUGGGGAGACUCUGGAGGAGCUUAUGAAAUUGUCCCCAGAGGAGCUUCUGCUGAGAUGGGCCAACUUUCAUCUUGAAAACUCAGGCUGGCAAAAGAUCAACAACUUCAGUGCUGACAUCAAGGAUUCCAAAGCCUAUUUCCAUCUGCUCAAUCAAAUUGCACCCAAAGGACAGAAGGAAGGUGAAGCACGGAUAGAUAUUAACAUGUCAGGUUUCAAUGAAACAGAUGAUUUGAAGAGAGCCGAGAGUAUGCUUCAACAAGCAGAUAAAUUAGGCUGCAGACAGUUUGUUACCCCGGCUGAUGUUGUCAGUGGAAACCCCAAAUUGAACUUGGCCUUUGUAGCUAACCUCUUUAAUAAGUACCCAGCACUAACAAAGCCUGAAAACCAAGACAUUGACUGGACUCUACUGGAAGGUGAAACUCGUGAGGAAAGAACCUUUCGUAACUGGAUGAACUCACUUGGUGUUAACCCCCAUGUAAACCAUCUCUAUGCUGACCUGCAGGAUGCCCUGGUAAUCUUACAGUUAUAUGAGCGAAUUAAAGUUCCUGUGGACUGGAGUAAGGUUAACAAGCCUCCAUACCCAAAGCUGGGGGCCAACAUGAAAAAGCUAGAAAACUGCAACUAUGCUGUGGAAUUAGGGAAGCAUCCAGCUAAAUUCUCCCUGGUUGGCAUUGGAGGACAAGACCUGAAUGAUGGCAACCCAACCUUGACCUUGGCUGUGGUCUGGCAGCUGAUGAGAAGAUAUACCCUUAAUGUUCUGGAAGAUCUUGGAGAGGGUCAGAAAGCGAAUGAUGACAUCAUUGUAAACUGGGUGAACCAAACAUUGAGUGGAGCUGGAAAGUCAACUUCCAUUCAGAGUUUUAAGGACAAGACGAUCAGCUCCAGUUUGGCAGUUGUGGAUUUAAUUGAUGCCAUCCAGCCAGGCUGCAUUAACUAUGACCUUGUUAAGAGCGGGAACCUAACAGAAGAUGACAAGCACAAUAAUGCCAAGUAA